ACUUGGUAGCUCUCGACCACCAUAGACAUGCCCUCUUGGUUGGACCAAUGUUUAUCUGCCCUAUUACCUGUGGUCAGAAUGGUUGCAUGCGGACAUUUCGUUAUUCCUACACCCUAAUAAGACACAUUGAAAGUACUCAUGAUAAUGCUGAUGUUGAAAAUGGUAAUGGUUUUCCAAUGGUGGAUAAUAAUGCUGGAGAUGAUUACCCUAUUCCACAUUUAAACUCUAUGGAUCCAGAACAACAUGGGCAACAAGACCUUGAUGAACAGGAUGUGAGAACGUCAGCUGCAACAUUUGUGGCUAAGAUGAAAGCAUCAAGCAGCAUGGUACAGUCAACUGUUGACAAUGUUGUUACUGAAGCGUCACGUUUAUUUUCUGAUAUUAUUGGCACGUUGAAAUCUAAAACGGAACUUUUCUUAAAAGUAAAAAUAUUGGGGAGGACGAUAUAGAGAGAGAAAACCUACUUCAGGUUUUUUAUCAAUUUCAGAACCAUUUUGCCCAAUUAGAAACAUCCCACCAACAACAGAAGUACUUUACCCAAAGUGGUUAUUUCAUUAAGCCUUGUGAAAUUCUGUUGGGCAUUGAGUAUCACCCCCGUAACAACCCAAACACAGGACAUGUAGAUCAGGUUGCCAAGCACGCUACGUUUCAAUACAUUCCAUUACAUGAACUUCUGAAAGCCGUUCUGGUAAGUAAGGGAUUCAUGAGAACAAUUCUACAAAAUCCAUUAAGCAAUGAUGACAUUAUGCGAGAUUUUCACGAUGGAUUGUUUUGUAGAGAACACGGUUUCUUUUCAGAUCCAAGGAACAUCAGAUUACUGUUGUAUGUGGAUGAGUGCGAGAUAGCCAACCCACUAGGAUCAAAGGCAGGAUUGCAUAAAAUUGGUGUUAUUUACUGUACUAUCCUGAAUCUUUCGCCCAGAUUUCAUUGCUCUCUCUGCAACUGCUUUCUUAUCUCAAUGUUUAACAGUGAUGUCAAGAUGUAUGGCUAUGACCUUAUCUUGCAACCUCUUGUGAAUGACAUUCAAUCGCUUGAACAAGAUGGUCUUUCUAUUGCUACUGAUAUCUUUGAAGGAACAGUCAAAGUUAGCAUCGCUCAAGUUGCAGGUGACAACUUGGGAGUAAAUGGGAUUUUGGGAUAUCUUGAAAGUUUUGUGAGUAAUCAUUUUUUGUAGACAUUGUGGACUGCAUAGACACAAGUUGCGACUUGCUUUAUCUGCGCAAGUUGAUCAACUACGAAAUGUCCAGAACUAUGAAGAGGACUUACAUCGCAACAAUGCAACUGAUACUGGAAUAAAAGCCCCCUGCUUAUUGAAUGAUGUCGAAAAUUUUCAUAUUUCCACCAACUAUGCACCAGACGUGAUGCAUGACCUGUUGUAAGGUGUGUGUGGCUUAGAGGUCCACCUAGUUUUGGCAGCUUUAAUUGAUGAAGGAUUAUUUGACCUGGACUUGUUAAACAGCAGGAUUAUGAGUUUUGAUUACUCCCCUGCAGAUUGCAAGAACAAACCAUCACCCAUUACCAUCCAGAAACUACAGAAUCCCGACGGUGCAUCAGGGCAGACGGCAUCACAGAUGUGGUGUCUUGUUCGAUACCUGCCACUAAUAAUUGGCGACAAAGUGCCUGAAGGACAUGAAUAUUUUGAGGUUAUCCUCCUUCUGCUGGAAUGCAUGGACUUCAUAUUUUCUACUGAAAUCACGACUGAGGAGACAUAUUUCUUAAAACAGCUGGAAAGAUCAGAUUUUUUAAGCCGGGCAUUGGGGAUUAACCUGUUUGAAGAAGUGUAUGUGGCUCCAUGGUGCAUUGUUCACAGAAUCAAGUAUUGGAAAAACCUCCUGGUCAUAGCUGGAAAGUCAGAUGACUCAACACCGAUUUUUCAGCAGAUUAUUUACGUUAUCGUUACUGAUGUAACUAAAGUAAAAUUAAUCACCAAAGAAUGGCACACUGUUAAAUACAACAGGCACACCCAUACAUAUGCAAUUCAGCGACCUUCCACGUCAUCGUGGUCCGUUUUUUUACUAGAAGACUUGUACGAUUACUAUCCUUACCAUGCAUUGAAAUCAUACAAUGAUCGUAACCCACUAAGCUAUGUUGUGAUGCAUCACAGGGUUCAUUAACUGUUACUCUGUUGCUACUGUGUAAAUAGAAAAUUUGUUAUGUCUCGUUAAAUUCUUUUUGACCAGGGCCCUGUGUUAUGGUAAAAUAAUCAUCUGGCAUCAGACAGAUUACUAUAGGUAUUAAGAUUAAGAAAAGUACAGUAGUUAUUUUUCUUACGCCUCGAAGUUCAAACUUAAUAUGGACCUUCAUCAAGGCAUUACUUUGUAGUUACGCAUUAAUUACCAGAUAGCCCCCCUGUUACCAGAAAGCCCUAAAGUUGAAAUGUUGAUGGUAGUGCCUUUCAGGCUAAUUUUAAUUUGCUUUACUUCUAAUUUCAGGCAUCUACAAGCACAGAUGAUAAUUUAGAUUUAAGUUCUCUGGACGUGAGCAACUCUUCAACCUCCUUUGAGUCAAAAACUUUAAAAAGACCUCUUUCUUCAGGCAAACAAGAAACAGAAACCUUUGAAAGCAGCAAAAAGACGAAAUACGGUUUUGUAAGUGUAAGUUUCACAAAGUGAGUUGCAUCUUGUACUACUAGGUGACGUAUUCUUUCAUUAAACCCCCGAGGGGCUUAUUCUUUUUUUGUUUUGGUGUAAAUAGGUAAUGGGACAAGUACUGGUGUGAGACAUUGUGUAACCUAAAUAAUUAUAGGACCAGUAUUCAAAUUUAUUGUUAUUUACUUCAAUUUCAAUAGUAUGAACUGCAUAUAUGUGAUGAGUUAUGGCAAUAACGAUUAUAAAAACUGAAGGAGGGGUGAAUUGAUUAAUUGGAAACGGUAAGUCGAGAGAUAAAGGAGAGAAAAGGAAAGGCAACCCUGUACACGUUUCAACCUAACAGUCUUCUUCAGCAGGGUUUUUUAAGAGGGGUGUAGGUAGAAUUUGCAGAGGAGAAUGAAGGAGAGUUUAAGAGUUAGAAUAACGAAUGGCACAGUAACAAAAAAGAAGGCUGGAAAGAUAGUGAGAAAUGAAAAAACUACUACAUGUUAAAAGAAAAGUUAUCCUACCAAAUGUCUUGUUAUUGUGCGACAUUCCAACACCACGCACCUUGCUGCUCAUCUUUUGUUUAGUUUGAUAAAGCAGAGUAAUAAUAUAGUCCUUUCAAAUGUAGCUUACUCAAUAGUAUAGUGAGUAUGAAUGAUGUGAUGGUAGGGGUGGGGUAGGAUUGAUAUCAUAGUGUGAUCAUGUGACUAAAGGUGAUUGCAUUCUAAUAUGGUGAAGGGAGCUAAUUAGACAGGGAUGGGGAGGUAUCACAAUAAGAGGUGAUUAGUGAGGAAUAAUAAAAUAAAUAAAUAAAUAACUAGAGGGCACUCAGAGACUGCAUACCUCCGCCUACGCGCAAAAUAUUGAAGUAAUCUAUUGUUAUUAGAAUUUGAAUAGCUGGUACAUAUAUUAUGCACGUCCUAAUUACGCAUUCAGUAUAAAGUUUUAUUUAAUUGACCGGGAAAAUCAAGACAAACUUUUCUUAUUUCUCAUUCAAUUUUUAACCAAAUUCAACCAAAUUUUAAUCAGUUCUUCUUUAGCCGAUGGGAAAUGCACUCACAAAAUUUCGUACGGAUAUGUUUGGUAUUUCUCGAGUUAUCAUGCUCACAGACAAACACACACACACAGACACACACACACACACAUACAAACCCAGAUGAUUACAUAACCUCCUGGCGGAGGUAAUGAUUACAUAACCUCCUGGCGGAGGUAAUUACACCGUGCAGGGUUUAUUCUUAUAGAUUUAUGAGUACACAUUAACCAAAAAACAUGUACAUAUAUAACAAAGCCAAACAAGGAUGAUGAAUAUAAUGGAAUGAUAUUAUAUGUCCAAUCGUUAUCUAUAGUAGGUCUUAAUUUGUCAUGUGGAGUAAUCAAGUUAUCCAUCAUUAUAUUUACAAAGUAUACUAUUAAAACAUGACAAGUAUGUUCGUGUUACUUGUACAAGGAACCAAUGAUCAUAUGAAAAUAAAUAGGGACUGGGAAUAAGUUGGUGCAUUAAUCGCUGAUUAUAACUAAAAAAUUCUACAUAGGACGUGUAUGACGCCCAAGGUAUAAGAUGCAUGUUGACAUGCAUAGAGGAUUUGAAUUAGGUAAAGGAAUUAUAACUAUUGCUAUUAGCCAUCCAAACAUAUUAGGUACAUGCAUGUCCAAAAACAUCACGCUGUUUUGAUAGUCCAACUGUAUGUAAUUAAAAAGGUUGACCAACUGUGCAGCGUUUUUAGGCCCUUUUAAAGAGUGGGUAAGGCAUAGAUAUCUUAUAUAGACUAGAUAGCACAUCUCCUUUAGUAAAAUUGAAGUAAAAAAUAUUCCAGCAGUUACCCCCAUUUGAAUAGAUGUCGGCCAUGUUGGUGUUUCCCACUCGCUAAUAAACGCUAAAAAAACAACAAUAACUUUCAGCAUUUGAAUAGUUUAAAAAUGUAUUUGGAAUAGGUUUACCUUAAUAUUUAAGUUCUGUGUUUAAGAAAUAAUAGAAAACAUACAAAUAUUCUCAUUUCAUGGGAAUAUCCUGAGUCUGCAAUCACAGCUUCAAUUUUUGAAUUGUAGAAAAAUUAGAUGCACUAUCUAGUGUAUAUACAGUACCGGUCGCGUAUAUAUCUUAACCACACACGUAUCAUAUGCAUAGCAUAUCACAUGAAUAUGCGUAUCAUAUGCGUAUCAUAUGAAUACGCGUAUCAUACAAAUACGUGUAUGAUAUCAAUGAAUACGCGUAUGCAAUCAUACACGUAGCGUAUCAUAUGAAUAUGCGUGUCGACGUAUCAACUACGGUCGAAAGUACAUUUUGAUACUCGCAUAUACGCGUAUCAAACAUAAAUACAAUAGGUGUGUAUGUAACAAUUACAAUUUCACUAAACCUAGGAUAGAUGCCCUAAACAUAGGAUAGAUGCUUAUAAGAUAUUAAAUUUGUAAGCAUUUACUAUUUUCUAUACUAUUUAUAUGUGGCAAACACGUGCAAGUGACAACAGAUUUGAAGCUAUAAUUGCUAAUCGUGACAACCGACAGACUCAGGUCAAGACAAAACAACGAUAAAAUAUAAAUUAUUCUCUUUAUCAAUACGUGUUUCUAAUUUAUGUUUAUUUGUAGUAGUGUAUGGUGAAACCAAAACAAUAUUGAAAUUAUUGCAAUAUUGCAAUACUAUAUUAUUUACAUCUUUAAUAGUUUCAGUAUGUUUCAUUGUGGAACGCUCAAACGGUCAUGCAUGUUUUAAAAAGCCAAAUCACCACCUUAUUUACUAAUUUACAUUUAAUUCAAAUAAAAAUUACGGGAUACGCGCAUAUAUUAGGAUAUACGGGAAUAAUAAUAUGGUAAGCUUAUAUACUGCAGUAUAUCCCAAUAUACCAUGUGUCUGGUCCGAUAUACGCGCGUAUUGCGUUAAUGAUGUGCGCGUAUCAGAUGUCUAUACAUUUACUGAAUUUAAUACACAAUAACGCAAAGCCGAAGAGACAUAUAUUCUAUUUACUGGUCAUCACUUAUAAGAACGAAGUCAAAGAUGUCAGGCAAGAGAAUUCCGCCGUAUGCAAAGGAACAAAUUUUAAUGUUAAGCAAGAAGGGCAAAAACUAUUCGGAGAUAAGCAGAGAAUUAGAGUUGUAUGGAUGUCCGGUGAGCAGACAAACAAUCUCGGCUUUUGUCAAGCAUUCCAUUAACGAGCGAACAGAUCUGAAGCCUGCAGUUAAAGAACGUAAAUGUAAAAGGGUGCUAAAAAUCGAGCACUUUGAAUAUAUCGAUAAUGAAAUGGCUAAAAACGACAAACUAUGUGCCGUAGGUAAGAACACUUUGUUGUUUUGUUGAUUGCCAAUAUAGUAUACCGUGUCAUAUGGAAUACAAAGACUACAAAGUGAUAUAAAUAAUUCUAGAUGCAUGGUGUUGUUUAGCAUUAAUAAUACUAUGUUAGAUAUAGCUAUGAUGUCAGGUUAUUCUAUGACUAUAAUCUAGCCGUGUCAUGUAAAUCAGUAUGACCUGGUUACUGCCAGAUUAUGCAUUCUGUAAACUAGGCAGGAUCAAAAGGGGGCCGAAGUAUUGUCAGUUGGUGAAAGAAAAAGACAAGGACAAGGAAAAAGUAGAAGUGCCAGACGCCGGCAAAAAAAUAAAUUGAAGCGUCAAGCUGCUGCUACAAUUGUAAAGGACUUAAUUAAAGAGCCUACUUUUGCCUGGAAGCAAGUAGGACCGAGGAUAAUUUUGCAGAUGUGAUAUUCACUGAUGAGUGUUCGGUCUGGAUGGAGACACAUGCGAAAAUUUGUUUUCGGCGAAUUGGGGAACUGCCGAAGCACAAACCGAAAGUAAAACAUCCCUACAAAAUUCAUGUUUGGGCAGGGAUCAGUACACGUGGUGCAAGCGACAUCCUUUUGUUUACCGGAAUUAUGAGGAAAGAGUUUUACGUGGACAAAAUUCUGCGUGGCCAGCUUGUACCGUUCAUCAAGGAAUGUUUCCCCAAUGGAAAUUAUAGAUUUCAACAAGACAAUGAUCCAAAGCAUAAAAGUAAGUGUAGCUUUUUAAGAUUUGCGCUGAUCUCAUCAUAUUCCACGAUUUGCUAAGUCAUUUUAUAUAUCGUUUUAGGUCACCUUGCUGUUGACUUCUUAAAGAAUGAGAAAGUUAUUUAUUGGCCAACUCCACCUGAAAGUCCAGACCUUAACCCGAUCGAGUGUGUAUGGCAUGAGAUGAAGCAUUAUCUGCGAAAGUAUGCAAAACCGAAAACAAAAGCUGAGUUGGAACAAGGCAUUUACGAUUUUUGGACUACCAUGACGGCAGCCAAAUGUUCCAAGUAUAUUGGUCACUUAGAAAAGUUAUUCCUGAAAUAA